UCUGUACGUGGUCAUGACCAUGGCAACAUCCGUAGCAACAAGUGCCGAGCCUCUGCCGAUACUGUCACGAGUCGAGAGGCUUGAUCUUAUGAUGAGCUACUUGGAGGAGAUCAAGGGUAGGAUGGACGUGAGGAACUUGUCGCGUGCCUCCACGACGUCGAGCGGGACGGCGACGACCACGAUGAGCGACGGGGGGAAUUCGUCGGUGAACUCGACGCCGAAGAGCAUUGAGAAGCGGUGCCGGCCGAUUGAUGAUGCGGUGGUGGAGACGCAGAUGAAGGGGAGUCUUAUUGAGAGGGUGGAUCAACUAGAGAGCAGACUUUUAAAGGUAGCUUCAAUUGUUUACCCCCCUGUCAAUUCUGUAGCCUCAAGUAACUCGCAUGUAUAUAUGGACCGUGGUGCUAUAUAGAGUUAUGUUUUCAUUAUUUUUGUAGCUUAUAUGACGUAGAAAUGUUUUUUGUUAGACAUAAAAUAUAUUGCCACCAAUAUGGCCAGUAUAUAAAUAUGGGUAUUGAUUGUUUAUUGCGUUUUAGACGAGUG